AUGACCAGUCCUGCUCCAGGCGUCUACCGCCAGGCGUUGCCAACGCCUCCGCCGGCCUACCUCCGAUCAUCUCCCCCAUUCCCUACAACAAACGAGUCAACGCCGCGAACCAUCCCAAAUCGCCCCCAAAACUUGAAUGUCAACCGAAAACCAGUUCCAAACACAGUGUCGCAGUCCGAAACCUCGCCGAUAAUUCAAAACUCGCCGCACUCACCGGUCAAAAUCGACUAUGGCGCAGACAUCCCGCAGGCCUCCUCCGUCCCCAUCGAACUUGAACACGCUUACAAUGAACCCACCACGCCGCAAUUGGAGCUCCCCGAGUUCGCUGAAAUGUCCCUCAAUGGCCCUGUGCAGCCACCCCAGCAAAGUUGGAAUCCCUCCUACCCGCCGCGGCGAGAUUCAUCACACGCCCCGCAUUAUUCGCACUCGCAUCCUUACGGCAGUUCAUGGUCGACGGUAGAACCACAGCAGAAGGACGAUGGACACGGAAACCCGAAAAAAAGCGGCUCUUCACUAGAGCGCGAGGGUCACAGCUAUAACAGUUCUUCUAGAGGUAGCUUGGAUAGCGUGGCGCAAGCGUCGGACAGCCACGAGCCGCUGGCCUACCACCAUCAGCAAAAAGCGCCAGCUCCAAACUCGGCCGCAAAGCCGCCAGUGAACGCACCAGACACUCCAUCCGCCUCGACGGAUAAGCUAGCAGUUCGGCGACCAAGGCUAUCGCGACCCUUGUCCGCAUACUCCUCAGCCUCAGACCUCGGAGGAGCUCACAGACGCAACCUCUCCGGAUCACCCUAUUUGCACGCCCGAUCUUCAUCCCGGAAUUCGACUGCAUCCCCUGACAACCGGUCCUCUUCCUUCCUCGAUUUACUCAACACUUCCUACCCCCAACCCGGCCCAACAGCCGCACGAUUCGACAAUUCGCGCCUGCAAGCCUCCGUUGGUAACAAUGCCUCCCUCCUCAGCCACAAAGAGACCUUCGAGAUGUACCUAGCAAACGUCAAGAAAACAGACGAACCAACAGUCCUCUACGAGUUCGCUGUGUUCAUGAUCAAUUCCAUGCGCGAAAUGCCAGCCGUCGACCUGGAAGAUGCAAGCCCAAUUACCCGCGCGCGGCUGCUCCGCGAAUCAAAAUCCAUUCUCCAACGACUCGCGGACCGCAGCUACCCCUUCGCACAAUAUUACCUGGGCGAUGGGUACGCAUCGGGACUGUUCAACAAGGGCGUCGAAGACCACGACCGGGCUUUCCCACUCUUCCUCGCUGCUAGCAAACACGGCCACGUAGAGGCAUGCUACCGCACAGCUCUGUGCUACGAGUUCGGCUGGGGCUGUCGUGUUGACGGCGGCCGUGCAGUCCAGUUUUACCGCCAGGCAGCGUCGAAAAACCAUCCCGGUGCUAUGAUGCGCAUGGCAAAGGCCUGUAUUGCUGGCGAUAUGGGACUCGGAAAGCGCUACCGCGAGGGUGUCAAGUGGAUGAAGCGGGCGACGGAGUCCGCCGAUGCACAGUACAACGCUGGACCCUACGAGCUUGGUGUUAUGCACGAGCGAGGCUUUGGAGAAGACGUUUUCCCUGAUGAAACAUACGCAGCACAGCUAUUCACCAAGUCUGCAGAACUGGGACAUGUUGAGGCAUGCUAUAGACUUGGCGAUGCGUACGAACACGGCAAGUUGAAUUGUCCGCGAGACCCGGCGCUGAGUAUCCAUUUCUACACCAGUGCCGCGCAAAACGGACAUCCACUGGCGAUGAUGGCGCUGUGCGCGUGGUACCUGGUUGGAGCGGAGCCGAUCCUGGAGAAAGACGACAAUGAGGCGUAUGAGUGGGCGUCCCGGGCUGCACAUCUCGGUUUAGCGAAGGCUCAGUACGCCGUUGGAUACUUUACUGAAAUGGGCAUUGGAUGUCGUCGUGAUCCUCUCGAGUCGAAUGUUUGGUAUGUUAAGGCGGCAGAUCAAGGCGAUGAGCGUGCCAAGCAUCGCAUUGCUACUAUUCGGGCUGCGGCUGGCGGGGGGACUUCUGCUAUGGCUGCCCGUAAUGAAGGCAAAACCGGCGGCCGACUCAAGAAAGCCGAACGCAAGGAGCAGAGCCCGAGCCAGGACCAGGGUGAGUUGUCGAUGCUACACAUUCAGCUCGUGUGUUUUGAGUUGUAUCGUUGA